GUGCGCAUGAUGAUGCCUCCCAUCUUCGCCGGGCGGGAUUUCCGCAAUAAUAUCAAGUAUGGCGAAAACAUACGACUAUUUGUUUAAAUUACUCCUAAUCGGGGACUCCGGUGUCGGGAAGACAUGCGUCCUCUUCAGGUUUUCAGAAGACGCCUUCAACUCAACGUUUAUUUCAACAAUAGGUAUUGAUUUCAAGAUUAGGACAAUAGAGCUUGACGGCAAGAAGAUAAAGUUACAGAUAUGGGAUACAGCUGGUCAGGAACGUUUCAGAACGAUCACAACAGCCUACUACAGAGGAGCAAUGGGCAUCAUGCUUGUCUAUGACAUCACAAACGAGAAAUCUUUUGAUAAUAUCAAGAACUGGAUAAGGAACAUAGAGGAGCACGCGUCGUCUGAUGUUGAGAAGAUGGUCCUCGGCAAUAAAUGCGACAUCAACGACAAGAGGCAGGUGUCCAAAGAUAGGGGAGAGAAGCUUGCACUAGAGUAUGGGAUCAAGUUCAUGGAGACCAGUGCAAAGGCCAACAUCAAUGUGGAAAACGCGUUUUUGACUCUUGCCAGAGACAUCAAAUCAAAGAUGGACUCGAAAAUGGAAGGCAACACCCCUCAGGGCGGCAGUCACGGAGUCAAGAUCUCAGAGCCACAGAAAAAGUCCAGUUUCUUCCGCUGCAGCUUGCUCUGAGGACCCAAGCCUUCCAUGCUGGCUACAGGCCGGCCGGACACAACUUGACUGUGCUUGCUCUCAGCACUUCCUCCUCUUUUUUAUUUUAUUUUUUUCUCCGUGUUCUUCCCAACCAUGGCCUCUCCCGGGUCUCCCGGUCUGCAAAAAUCCACUAUUGUCAGUAAGUGGAUGACUUCCCCUCCUCUCUUCCUUUUCUGACGGCUUCCAGAGGUGCGUCGCUUCUAUUUCUAGAGGAUAACUUGUCGUCACUUUGCAGAGUUUUUAAACCGACAAAAGGACUCAACCCCGAACACGAUCCGCAUCUUCUUUGUUACGAAACCCCGGGCUCCUUGUAAUUUUCAGUCUGUAGCAAAACCAGUGACAGAAGACGCUUACAUCCCAACAAUAUUUUUACAUCGGAUUGCAAAAGUGACGCUUUGAUUUGUGUUUUGGUGUUACAUGUCGCCGAGCAGCGGCCGAUGGUCCUGAGCUUCCGUGAAACAGGAGUUGCACUUUCUACAUAUCAGCAGCUGAAGUCAUAUCGGGGGAGGUAUAAAGUGCUUUUAAAAUCAGUUGGAAGCUUUCUCAUUUUAUCUCUUUAAUUUGUCUGUUGGUCUCGACAAUCAUCUGAUGUGACUAAAACGUGGGUUUUCCUCAUGCCCUCAUCACUGCCUCCCAGCUAACGUUUGCACUCUCGUCGAAGUGCAGGCAAAAUGCGGUCCGUGUUUUCUCAGCCCUGCUGCCCAAAGUUCAGCGGUGAGACGUUUCUGUAGUGGAGAUGCACCAACCGGGCUUUUCCUGGCAACAUGAUGGCAACUAUGAUGUCUAAAAGACAAAAAAAUAUUCCUUGACGCAGGCUCCUUGAUAGAGGUUGCGGUUUUGAGUCCAACAAAAAAUGAAGGAAAUUACAAGAUCGUCCCCAUUUACGCAUCAAGGCGCACACCUCCAUGCUGAGUCUGAUUUUUAAGCUCCAAACAAUUGGACCAAAGCACAUGCUCUUUGAAUAUUGUAUGAAAACGUUGGGUGUUGUUUGUUUAAUUCAGUUAAUCAAUAGCCAUGGGGGUAGGGUGCAUUGUGUAGAAAUUGUGUUGUUAACCAUUUAAGUCUCCUUUCCUGCCAGAGACACUUCAAGUAAAAAAAAAAAAAACAGUUGGGAUAACAGGAUGGGGCCUAUAUGGAUGUUAUUUACUUAAAGUAAUAAACUGUUAUAUAUUCCUGCUUUAAUACCUGAGUUAAAUCAUUAAGAUUGAUCUAUUAUAAUCUAACAGAACAGACUUCUUCUGAUGUUGAAGAGAAUACAGGUAAAAAAAAAAAACUUUUCACCUCCCUAGGUUAAAUCUGCUUGUAUUAAAGGAGCAAUAAGUAGUAGUGACACCUAGUGGUUACAAUCGGAACAACACACACACACACACAAUGCCUUUCACUGAGACCCGUCAUUUGCCCAACGGUCCUCCGGCGGUGAAAUGUUCGGCUGAAUGUUUACUUCCACAGGACAGGUUUAUGAUGUUCGGCUCUAUUUCUGGUCCGCUUCUCUUCCUGGCUUCCAUGUUGGCAGGCUGCUUCUGUCAAGAUAAAAUACCAAAUGCUGCGCUCUGGUUUGGAAACCCUGGGAUGUCUCAUACGAUUGGCUGAGGAACCAGGAAGUAAACCCAGGCUACACUCUGAACCCGAAGUAGUUUCUUACCGUACCUCCAGGAGAAAAAACGUGACUAAGACAUCAUUGAUGGAGAGGACAGAUUAUUUAUGGGGAAUGUUACUUCCAUCCCAGGUGAUAAAUGAGAAUGACUUUAGGUUGAUUUUACAGUAAAUAUCUUACUCAAAGCUCCUUUAAAUGCUUCUCCCUGUUGGUUUGGGGCAUACAAGAGCAGCUGGUUGAAGAUGAGCUUGAUGUUUUUCCUUCAGUGGACAGAUUACUGUGAGUCACUGAGCAUAAACACAUUAAAAAUUAGAAAUAUAAAUUUGUAGAAAAAAACUUUAUUUUAUAAAAUACAUAGAAUAUUUAUUCAUUAUGUAGUUUUUUUUUUAGGUGGUGAAAAUUCCAGUGCUUUAUUCCCUUCCUGUUUGGACAGACGUUUUUGCUUUCUGUUGCUUCCUGUGAACAAAUUGUUAGGGACUGCGUUGCUGGCGGUUUAUUUUUUUAAUUUUAUUUUUAUUACCAAGUUCUGUAUUGUUUUCUGCUAACAGUGCAGCAAGCACAUCUUUUGUGUUCGUCUUCAGAUAUCAAAACUUGGAUUAUAAUCUGCAAAGGCAAAUAUCUGGAGACGUAAUUCGAGAGAGGUGUCAAACAUUCACGCCUUAGUUUUCCAAAAAAAAAAAAAAAAA